GAUCUCACUUCCUUUCUGUUUCAUGUUUUUCUUGGCACUGACUGGGAAUGGCAUCCUGCUUUUUCUCAUCUGGACAGAGCACAGUCUUCACCAGCCCAUGUUUUUGUUUCUGGCCAUGCUGUCUUUUGUUGACCUGGUCCUCUCCCUUUCCAGUCUGCCCAAGAUGUUGGCUAUAUUUUGGUUUGAUGCUACGGCCAUCAGCUCCUACUCCUGCCUUUCCCAGAUGUUUGUCAUCCAUGCAUUCUCUGCCAUGGAGUCAGGGGUGCUCGUGGCCAUGGCUUUCGACCGCUUUGUGGCUAUCUGUAAUUCACUGCAUUACACAACCAUCCUGACCCCAGUUGUUGUCACCAAGAUUGGGGGCCUGGUGGUGCUUCGAGGUGUGGGGUUGACCAUCUUCUUUCCAAGCUUGGCUCGUCGACUGCCCUACUGUGGCUCGCACACGAUUGCCUAUACCUACUGUGAACAUAUGGCAGUGGUAAAGCUGGCCUGUGGGGCCACCACUGUGGACAACCUCUAUGCUUUUACCGUGGCAGUCUUUCUUGGUGUCGGGGAUGUGGCCUUUAUUGCCUACUCCUAUGGGCAGAUUGUGAAGACUGUGAUGCGUAUUCCUUCACCUGAGGCACGUGCAAAAGCAGGCAGCACGUGCACAGCUCACGUCUGUGUCAUCUUCUUCUUUUAUGGACCAGGCUUUCUUUCUGUGGUCAUGCAGCGCUUUGGGCCACCCACAGCCUCUGCUGCCAAGGUCAUCCUUGCUAAUCUUUACUUGCUCUUUCCUCCUGCAUUGGAUCCCAUUGUCUAUGGGGUUAAAACCAAGCAGAUCCGGGAGCGGCUGUUCACAAUUCUAGGCUUCAAAUAG